AUGGGCAAGCAUUUCGGGGAGUUGGCUAAGAUCCGAGGCAUCGUCUACUACAAGUUGUCUCCACAUGAGCAGAAGCCGUUUGCUGGCGCGUUCACUUAUGGGGCUGCUAAUGUUCUCACGAGGACCUCUGCUUCCAUUCUCUAUUGGCUUCCACCGAUUGUCGUUGGAUACCUGAUCUACAAGGGAGUGGAAGAAGCUCACCAUCACUCCAAGAGGAAGGACCCCCGAGACUACAUGGAUGAAGUUGAUCCAGAAGCUUAA